AUGCACAUGCAGAGGAGGGAGAGGAGACACUUGCUGAAGGGACUUUGGUGUGGUUCCACGGAGGCCUUUGUCCUUAGGAUAAAAAGCACUCUGACCCACAGAGGAAGAAGCACCAACCUCAAAUCAGCGACAUGGAAGGUUCUGAACUGUAAGGGUCGAGUGAUGGUGUGUUCAGGUCCCUCCACAGGGUCCUCUCUUCUGCUCACCUGCCAACCUCUGCCCCUGUCACACACACUCCUCAGCACAAACACCUUCACCAGCCAGCACAGCAUGGACAUGAGGUUCACGUACUGUGACCAGAGAGUGACUUUGCUUUUAGGUUACAGUCCUGACGAGCUGCUCGGUCGUUCCAUUUACGAUAUCUGUCACACACUGGACACAGACUGUUUGACCAAGAAUCAUCUGAACUUGUGUUUGAAGAGUCAGUCAGUCAGCGGUCAGUAUAGGAUGCUGGUGAGAGGUGGAGGUUACAUGUGGGUGGAGAGUCACAGCGCUGUCAUCCCCAGUGGCCCAGCCUCCAAGUCCAGACUCAGCUCACACCAGCCGCUCUGCAUCCUCUGUGUUACCUACAUCCUCAGUGGAGUGGAGGAACCGUCCCUGCAGCUCUCUUUGGACCAGACUAUCCACAGAUCUCAGCCGAAAAUGUAUUAAAAGUCAUCCUGC